AAUCAAACAAGGUGUUGAGAGGAGGAAAAUGUCAAAAUCCUAACGGAAAAAACCCGAGAAAUAGCGUCAAAUAAUACUCCUAAAACAAUGUCUGGCGCAAAUCGACUUAUCAAUCCACCCAACCAAGGCCACCUCUCCUCCGCCGUCGAGAUGACUACGCCCAACUGCCCUAUCACCCCGCGCAGCCGCACCGGCCCUAUGUUCCUCGGUGUCGACGUCGGCACCGCAAGCGCACGCGCAGCCAUUUUUAAUGACCGUGGACGGCUUUUGGGGUUUGCUACUAGCCCCAUUCAGAUCUGGAAAGAUGGUGACUGCGUUGAGGAAUCUUCGACCGAUAUCUGGCAUGCGAUUUGCACAGCUGUCAGAUCAGCAUGCUCUGUUGCACAAAUUAAAGGGGAACAAGUGACCAGUUUGGGUUUUGCGGCUACCUGUUCACUUGUUGCCAUUGAUUCUGAUGGAGAGCCUGUGACAGUUUCUUUGACUCAUGACUCAAGGCGGAAUGUUAUAGUCUGGAUGGACCAUAGAGCUGUGAAGCAAUCUGAGAGAAUUAAUUUAUCAAAGUCACCAGUUCUGGAGUAUUGCGGUGGGAGUGUAUCUCCUGAGAUGCAGACACCAAAGCUUCUGUGGGUCAAAGAAAAUUUGAAGGAGUCCUGGUCAAUGACAUUUAGGUGGAUGGAUUUGAGCGAUUGGUUAUCGUAUAGAGCAACAGGAGAUGAUACUCGGAGUCUAUGCACAACAGUCUGCAAAUGGACUUAUUUGGGCCAUGCGCAUAUGCAACAGAUCAAUGAGACAGAUUCCCGUGACAUGGAAGCUCUUGGAUGGGAUGAUGAAUUUUGGGAGGAAAUUGGUUUAGGUGAUCUUGUGGACAGCCAUCAUUCCAAGAUAGGACGCAGUGUAGCUUUUCCCGGUCAUGCUUUGGGCAGUGGUCUGACACCUAAUGCCGCAAAGGAACUGGGUUUACUAGCUGGGACACCAGUUGGUACAUCGUUGAUAGAUGCUCAUGCUGGUGGUGUGGGGGUCAUGGAAAGUGUGCCUCCAGAAAUAACAGAACAUGAACCAGCAGAAGAUGAGGAGACAAUAUGUCAUCGCAUGGUGUUAGUAUGUGGAACUUCCAACUGCCAUAUGGCUAUAUCUAAGACCAAGUUGUUCAUUCCAGGGGUUUGGGGACCAUUCUGGUCAGCUAUGGUGCCUGAGUAUUGGCUUACGGAAGGAGGCCAGAGCGCUAGUGGGGCAUUAUUUGAACACAUCUUGGAGGGCCAUCCUGCCUAUCAAGGCCUGGCUAACAGAGCAGCUGCUCGAAGUAUUUCAGUGUAUGAGCUUCUGAAUGAGAUACUGGAAAAAAUGCUAAUGAAGGAAAUACUGGAAUCAAUGAAGCAAGAAAUGAGUUCUCCAUUUCUUGCUGCUUUGACCAAAGACAUCCAUGUGCUUCCUGAUUUCCAUGGAAACAGAUCUCCUAUUGCAGACCCAUUAUCCAAAGGGGUGAUAUAUGGCCUUACUAUUGAUACAAGUGAGAGACAGCUGGCUCUUUUAUACCUUGCCACAAUACAAGGUCUAGCUUACGGGACACGACAUAUAGUAGAACAUUGCAAUGAGAAGGGGCACAAGAUUGAUACCUUACUUGCAUGUGGUGGGCUUACCAAAAAUCCUUUGUUUAUUCAAGAGCAUGCAGAUAUCACAGGUUAUCCCAUAACUCUUCCUCGGGAAAACGAAGCUGUGCUGUUAGGUGCUGCUAUUCUUGGUGCUGUUGCUUCGAAGAAGUAUUCCACUGUUAGAGAGGCCAUGAAAGCACUAAAUGCACCUGGCCGGGUGGUGUAUCCCUCUCACGACCCGAAAGUAAGGAAGUAUCACGACACUAAGUAUCGUAUCUUCCGCGAUCUUUACGAGCAGCAACUAUCCCAGCGUGCAAUGAUAAAGGAAGCUCUUUCAGAUGUCUAGACUUUGGAAUGGAGAUUGAGAAGUUGAAGAUAGAAUAAUAAGUUUAGUAAGUAUUUUACUGAAAUACAAUUUGUUUACACGAAUUAUGCAUUGAAUUUGUAUGGGAAUAUUACAGCCCAAUGCCUGUGGAAGUUUACAGGUAUAUAAAUAUUGAACGCAAUAAAGGGACAACAUAGUUGCUACGUAUUAA